AUGACUACGUCAGACAACCUGUCGGCCCGCCUCGAGACCUUGGCUAUGGAUGAGCUGCCUAAAACGAUUAGAGAUGCGGUCAGAGUCACCAGAGCUCUGGGAAUCCGCUAUCUAUGGGUAGAUGCCCUUUGCAUUGAGCAGAACUUAAGCCGUUCAGCGAUGAGGGACAUUUUACGAAACAUGCCCGAUAUUUACGCUGGAGCGGCUAUUGUUAUAGGAGCUGGGUCAGCGUCGCACUGCGAUGAAGGCUUUUUGGGACCUAGGAACCUGCAAUAUCUUGAGUAUGAACUGCCAGUCUCUCAAAGUGAUGGCCUCGGAACCACCAAUGACAAAAUGCGCCUUGUUGAACGUGGGUUCGAAAGGAAAUCGGAUCCAUUGUAUUCGAGGGUAUGGACAUACCAAGAGAGCGAAGCAGCGCUGUUCUCCCUGGCUUUCGACACCGAGAAAGUGGUAUGGAAAUGUCAACAGUCACGUCGCGCAGACAGCGAUAUUGGCUAUCUUUCAGACCCAUACGAGGGAAACGAGACGAUAACCUUUUUCGAUUUGCUGAUGGCGAGCAAGGAACAGGUCUGCUCAUCCAAUCUUGAUAUGUGUAUAAGCAAGUACAUCGAGAUGUGUGCGGAUUAUUCAAAACGACAAUGCGGCGCUUUAGAUGAUAAGCUCGUGGCUUUCACGUGGGCGAUCGAACUGAUGGCCAAGGCCACGCGGUGGGAUAUCUCAGAAUGCAAGGCUGCAUUGUGGGAAAGGGACAUGCCAAGGCAGCUUCUUUUCUGUCGCCGCGCCACUGACAAACCUAACAUUGAUACCAGGACAGACAGGCAGAAUACGAGAGAAAAGACGAUGAUACCAUCAUGGUCGUGGGCGUCUAAAAGAACGCCGGUGAGAUGGAAAGAACUCAACGACUGCGACUACAAAAGAGACUACACUGCCGAAUAUAUAGCAUGCGACAUUGUUCCAGCAGACGUUUCGGAUCCUUCGGGUGCAAUCACGGGAAAGCAAUUAACGUUGAGGGGAAAUGUCCGUACGGCUUUGUGGAACGGUCUUGCGUUCAUGGCACAUGAUGUGUCACAAGCCGGCGGACAGCCGACCUCAAGACAACGUAGUCAGUCGCCCACUGUCCGGUCUGCAGACGCUUCACAGAGAGAAGGAAGAGGAGAUGCAAAAAGUAAACUUGACUUAGCUACGUCUUCGUGCCGGCGACGCGACCCACUUCUUUCUAGGUUGAUAGUAGAGGUCACUUGGGACUGUCUAUGGGAGCCUGACAAUCAAAGAGUGAAGCUCCUUGAGCUCCGCUGCACAUUCAUCGGGUCGGUAUACUAUUCUUUUGGGAUCAUUCUCACCUGCAACGGCCGGGACACAUCGGAAAGAUUAGGUUAUUUCAGAUUUAAGAACGCUGCCGGCAUGAAUUGGUUUCAAGAGCGAGACAAGAGUAUAGUUAGAAUUGUUUGA